UCGCAAAUCCGCACUGCAGACCAAUAUUGGAAACCAAAGAAAACAGUGUGAGAUAAGAAUCCGUAGUUUCCGUAGUAUCCGUCGUCAGUAAAUAAGUGUUGUCCGAAAUGAUUGCCGAUGCGCAUGUGAUACAAAUGUACAGGUUAAUAACUUACUGUAUGGAUUAUAAUGAAUUAGUGAAUGAGAUCCAAUCAAUUGCUUCUGAAAUAAAGUUUGCUGUCACAAGUGUUGUUGUUCCAGUAAACAACCCGACCCUGCUGCAUAUUACAACAUUGGAAUCUGCUUUCUUUACACUAGAACUCACUAGCACUGGGUUUUUUGUUGUAGAAGAAAAUAACUCUAAAGUUGAAGAGGCUUAUCGAAGUACAUCAGUUUUAGGUGAACGUUUUGAGACAAUUUAUGCUUUUCUCGACACUGUUAGUUUGAAAUAUAGGUCCUCAUUUGCGUCAGCUCUAUCUGACAAACUAUUUGAAUUAAACCAAAGAAAACAUGAGUGAUAAUAAAGAAGCGAGCAGCUUAAGAAGCAGAUUUAAAAACCUGCUGUCGUCUCAUAAAACCCAAA